AUAUAAGACUGGGUACCAAGGAAAAUUCCACCGUGGUGGAGCAGCUGCUUCCCUGUUGCUCUGCUGCUUCAUGAUUUCCCUGUAUAAAUAAAAAGGAUUCAGAUAUGGGCUUUUGCUCCAAAGACAAAUUCUCCAGAAUAUUUGCCCAAAAUAUAUAAUGUCCAUCUCUCGUUUUAUUCUCUUUGCCACCAAGAGCCGCUCCCCCACUACUCCCAAUCUACUUCAAAGGUUUGAUCCAUCUAAGAGAAUCCAAUCUUGUGGCUAUGCGAAAUCAGCAAAGAACAAUUAUGGAAAGCCAACUGGUCAUUCUGUUAUAAAUGUAGAAACACAGGCUUCUCAUCCGUGGAGUGCUUAUGUUGUUUCAGCUGCUUUACUAGGAUUUGCGGGAUUAGUAGCUUUUGUGCAUUAUAAUGAUGAGAGAAGAGCGGUUGCGAUAGGCCAGGGCAGCAAAAGUGGUUGUGAUGCUGCAAUAGGUCCUAUUAUCGGUGGUCCAUUCACUUUAGUUAAUACAGAAAGUCAGGUUGUUAAUGAACAGGACUUUCUUGGGAACUGGCUUCUCCUCUACUUUGGCUAUACAUCAUCUCCUGAUGUUGGACCUGAUCAGGUUCAAAUAAUGGUUAAUGCUAUAGAUACAUUAGAGUCGAAACAGAAUGUUAAGGUAUUACCUGUAUUUGUGACAAUCGAUCCUCAGCGUGAUACUCCUGCACAACUCUGUGCUUACCUCAAAGAGUUCAAUUCAAAAAUAGUGGGAUUGACAGGACCUGUCAGUGCUGUAAGGCAGAUGGCACAAGAGUAUCGUGUUUAUUUCAAGAAGGUUGAAGAAGAAGGAGAUGAUUAUCUAGUCGAGUCUUCUCACAACAUGUAUUUGAUAGACCCAAAAAUGAAGGUUGUAAGAUGCUUUGGAUUAGAGUACAAUGCUGAGGAACUGUCAAAGGAAAUAUUGAAGGAACUGCAGAAAAUACCAACAUAAAGCACAGUAGCAUGGUUAUGCUGCUCGCUGUUGUGCCAGGAGUAUUGUGAAUCUCAUGCUUUUAACAAGGUAGAAACAAUUAAAACCAACCCUGCCCCCCACUCUCCACGCUCCCUCCUCCACCCUACACCUUUUUAUCAGGGAGCAAAAUGAGAAACAUUUCCCUUUACUUUCUUUGGGGAUUCAUUUCCUCCCUAUAUAGUUUGAUUUUCACAUAGGAUAAUUCCAAUGUCAGAUAUGAGUAGGAUGCAGUGAAUUAACUUGACAGCAGGAAUUGAAUUUGGAAAUCUUGAGAAGAAAUGAAAUUUUGGCAAAGUUGGAUGACAA